AUGGCGACUAGACAAACUGCAUCAACUCGUAACAAUAGUGUUGAAAAGAUUAAAAUGAAAAAGAAUUCACGUCAAUCAAAUAUCAAUGAGGAACCAAUAAAUAAUGCAAAACGUCGUCGAACUGAAAAAAAUUAUAUUCAAAAAACUCAUAUACAAUAUGAUUCAUUAGAAAAAUAUGGAUAUCAUUUUAAAAAUGACAAACUGGUCUCAAUUGAAACCGGUAAACCAUUUAAAUUCGAUGUAUUUUCAGACAAUGAUGAAAAUCAAAAACGAUAUGAAUCAGUUGGUAAAUUAAUUGAUAAUGCUGUAUUUGAACUACUUGAGAAUACAUGUCAAUUACAACGUGUUACAGUACCAGUUGAUGCUAAAAAAAGUGAACAUACAAGUUUUAUUUUUACAAGUAAUGAUUUAUCAACUGCUAACUAUCUUAUGGUGAUUAUUCAUGGAACAGGAGUUGUACGAGCUGGUCAAUGGUCUCGAAAAUUAAUAAUUAACGAAGGUUUGGAAGUUGGUUCUCAAAUGGAAUAUAUUCGACGAGCUCGAGCAGCUGGUUAUGCUGUUAUUAUUACUAAUACUAAUUUGAAUAGCUUUGAAUCUCCUCGAUUUCUUCGUCGUUCAACAAUAUGUCCUAUUCGUGGUAGUAGUACUGCUGAAGAACAUGGAUGUUAUGUAUGGGAACAUUUUAUCCGUCCAAGUCAUGCUAAACAUAUUUGUAUUAUGGCACAUUCGUAUGGUGGUGCUGUAGUACUUGAAAUGGCUCAUCGUUUUUUAAAAGAAUUUGAUAAAAGAGUUUUUGCUGUAGCAUUAACUGAUUCACCUAUGACAAUUUAUGGACGAAGAGUUAAGAAAAAUGUUUUAAAAAUGCUUAAAAAGAGAAUGAUCAAUUGGGUUGUUGAUACCGAAGAAGUAGAUACUGAUUUAGGAGAAGAUGAUUGUUGUCAAAUACGAUCUGCAGGUCAUACUGUACAUGAAUGGACAUCAUAUACAGCAAUCGAUGCAAUUUUUGAUUUUUUUACUGAACAACGUAUACUUGUUGAUUUUGCUUCUUCGAAUCAAUGUGGUUUAGCACCAGGUUUUCAAUCACUUUAUAGUAUUUUACAAGCAACAAAAACAAAAAUGGGUAGUCGAACAUUACGAGCAAAUUUAAUGGAACCUUUGAUUGAUGUUAAUUCUAUUCAUUAUCGACAAGAUGCUGUUGAAAAUUUAAUUGAUGAUGAAAAAUUAAUGUUUCAAAUACAAACAAUACUUUUACAUUUUACUGAUGUUGAACGUAUUAUUCUUGCGUGUAUACAAGAAAAUCCAAGUCGUACAGUAUCAGCUGCUGAAAAACGUAUUACAAUGAUAAAUCAACUUCGACGUAUUCUUGAUAUAUUACCAACACUUCAACAAGCACUUGAACAAUCGACUUCUGAUCUUUUAAAAAAUCUUUGUUCAAUUUUAAAUGAUCAACGUUUUCAAGUUAUACUUGAUAUUCUUAAUUCACAAUUAACAAUAGAACAAACUGUUUCAAGUAAUGGAUUUCUUGCAACUAAAAUUCGACGAAUUUUUUCUAUACGAAGUGGUUUUGAUGAACGUCUUGAUAGUCUUCGUGCUGAUGUUAUUGUUGUUAUUGAUGAUGUUGAAUUAUUGGAAAAAGAAUUUUCUGAACGAUUUAAUAUGCCUGUUCGAUAUAAUUUAACAAAUGCACGUGGUUUUUCAUUAGAAAUUAUUGGUGAAUUUAAAGGUAUUUUACCGGCUAAUGUUAUAUCAGUAGCUAAAAGACAAAAAUCAACAUUUAUUACAACACUUCAAUUAGCUCAUCUAUCUGAUCGAUUUGAACUUUUAUAUAAUGAUAUAUGUCUUCUAACAGACCAAAUUAUUUUAAUUCUUCUUGCAAAAAUUCGACCACAUUUUGGUUGUAUGUAUAGACUUAUUGAAGCCAUAUCAAUUAUCGAUAUGAUUCAAUCAUUUGCUGAAGUUUCAAAAGCACGUGAUUAUGUUCGACCUAUGUUUGGAUUAAAUACAAAAGUAAUCAAAGGACGUCAUCCAGUUAUUGAUUUAUUUGGUCAACAAAAACCAAUUGCAAAUGAUAUUGAAUUAUGUAAAGAAAUGAAUAUUAUUCUUGUUACAGGACCAAAUAUGAGUGGAAAAUCUACAUAUCUUCGACAAAUAGCUUUAUUACAAAUUUUAGCUCAAAUUGGUUGUUUUGUACCUGCUGAACAAGCUAGAUUUCGAAUUGUUAAUGAAAUUUUUUCAAAAAUUCGUCAACAUGAUAAUUUAUUUACUGGACAAUCAACAUUUUCAUCGGAAAUCAAUCAUAUUGCAUUUAUUCUUAAUUGUAUGACACCAAAUUCAAUGAUUAUUCUUGAUGAAAUUUGUUCAAGUACAUCAACAAAUGAAGGUCUUGCUUUAGCUACAAGUAUAACUGAAACAUUAUGUCGUUCACAAGCAUUUGUUAUUAUAGCAACACAUUUACAACAAUUAACAUCUGUUGGUUAUAUCUAUCGAAAUCUUGCUAAUUAUCAUUUUAAUGUUAUUUAUAAUGAUAAAAUAGGUAGUGAUACUGAUAGUGAUUCAAUAAAUCGUGUACGUCGUUUUCAUCCACAAACAAUACUUAAUCAAUUAAAAGAACAAAAUACAAUUAUUUAUUCCUAUACACUUCGACCAGGAAUAUGUAAAGAUCUUCAUUAUGGUAUUGCUUUAGCUUCACAAAUUGAAGAUUUACAAACAGUUGUAGAAUUAGCUAAAUGUGUAGCGAAAUAUUAUAUUCGAAAGAAAGAGUCAAUAAUAAAUCAAAUGUCAAAUAUUCCAAAUUUACUAAUGAAACGUGUAAUAAUAAUGAAAGGUUUUUGUGAUUUAAUUUAUGAUGUAUCAAAUAAUACAAUUCAAUUUAUUGAACAACAACGUAUUUAUCUUGAAAAUUUUCAAAAACGUAUGCAUCAAUAUUGGUCAAUAUCGUCAACAACAACAUCAUCAUGUGAUGAUGAUGAUAAUGAUAUUUUAGUUGAAUCACCAACAAUUGAAAAUAAUUAA